AUUAAUCAAUGGAGGAAGAGGAGUUUUCCAAAUCCAAAAUCUAAAGAUGAACGACGAAGGACGAUCACUAUCAGUCUAUCAACAUCAUCAUCAGAUCACAGCUGGGACGCUGCUCCGCAAAUACGAAGAGGAAGCCCUUUUGCCGACAAUCUACUUUGAUUUCUUCGCUCCGAGCAGAGGAAAGUCCCGUUUCUGCAAUUUCCCCGAUCGGAAAUGGUUGGAUCCCAUGAGACCUGGCCUUCUCGAUCCAUGUUGGACAAAGUAAGACAGAAGGUUGUGGAAAUGUCGGGCAGAGAUGGGGACGAAGUAAGGUUUGCCGUGUCACCUUAUAGGAUUUGUCCACUGGGAGCUCACAUAGACCAUCAGGGUGGGACUGUUACGGCUAUGACAAUCAACCACGGCAUAUUACUUGGUUUUGUUCCCUCUAGCGAUGCCCAGGUCUAUCUACAAUCUGGACAGUUCAAAGGAGAAGUAAGAAUCAGGGUUGAUGAGGUUCAAAUCCCCAUUCAUCUUUCCAAAACAAAUGGUAUUAAUGGUGCAAAGGAUUUAUCAAAACCCGAGCUUGAAGAAGCCAAGUGGGGAAACUAUGUCCGAGGUGCUUUAUAUGCGUUACAAAAGAAAGGAAACCGUCUGGAUAAGGGCAUCACUGGUUUUAUAUGUGGUUCUGAAGGUCUUGACAGUUCAGGUCUCAGUUCUUCUGCAGCAGUUGGUGUAGCAUAUUUGUUGGCUCUAGAAAAUGCAAAUAAUAUCUGUGUGUCCCCCACAGAAAAUAUUGAGUAUGAUAGAAUAAUCGAAAAUGAAUAUUUUGGUCUAAAAAAUGGCAUACUGGAUCAAUCGGCCAUCUUGCUUUCCAACCGUGGCUCUCUAACUUGCAUAAAUUGCAAGACUAGAGCGCACAAGUUAAUACAACCUCCAAGUUCUCACAAUCCUUCAAAAACAGAGGCCUGGAACACAUACAAGAUAUUGCUGGCAUUCUCAGGCCUUAAACAGGCCUUAACAACUAACCCCGGAUACAAUAAACGAGUCUCCGAGUGUCAAGAGGCUGCAAGAAUCCUAUUGAAGGCAUCAGGAAGUGAGAUAGUGGAACCUAUCCUGUCUAAUGUCACGCAGGAAGAUUAUGAAGCUCACAAGAAUAAAUUAGAAAGGAAUGUAGCACGAAGAGCUGAGCAUUACUUCUCAGAAAAUAAGCGAGUUAUCAAAGGACUCGAAGCGUGGGCGUGUGGAAACAUUGAGGAGUUCGGGAAGCUCAUCACAGAAUCCGGAAAAAGUUCUAUUGAAAACUACGAGUGUGGUUGUGAACCGCUGAUACAACUUUACGAGGCCCUUCUAAGGGCUCCUGGUGUAUAUGGAGCAAGGUUUAGUGGUGCAGGGUUCAGAGGGUGUUGUCUGGCCUUGGUAAAACCAGAACUAGCAGAAGAAGCCGCGGCCUUUGUCAGGAACGAGUACCAUAACCUCCAACCCGACUUGGCUAUCCAUCUCAAACAUGGAAGUUCGGUCUUGAUAUGUGACGCUGGUGAUUCGGCUCGAAUUAUCUCAUCUAAAACCGAGCCGGACUGGCCGCUUUCCUGCAAUAGCACUCGGGCCACCUAAUGUAUGCAGUCUGUGAACGACUCGAUGUGUGCGGUUUUGAGCUGUCAUCCAUUCUUUUUACAUAAAAAAGCGUACUGAUUCUGUCCAAAAAAGAAUGCCACAUUUCACUAUUCUAAACUUAUGGGAACUUUGGUUUAUUUGUGUGUUUUUAUUGAUUAUUUGAUAAAAUAAAAUAUUUUUUACUAUUUUUAAAUAUGUAAGUUUAUUUUUUAUUUUUAUACCAUUUUUUAAAUACAAUGAAUAGAAAAAACAAAAAAAAAUUGCUUUGUUUUGCAGAAUAUGGCAUUCUUUUUGGACCGGAGGGAGUCUGUUUGAAGUUCAUACCAUUACACUUUUGUUUCUUUUUCCAAUUGUUUGUUGAGGUUCAUUCAUUUGCUUUGAAUUUGUUUGUAAAAAACUUAGGUGUGAUAUAAUAUGAACAAAAUUGUGUUAUAAAU